UGCAGUACUUAAGUUAAUAUUUUAAAUCUUGAACUGUGUUUUUCUUCAAAACCUCAUAAUACAGUAGGUACACUAUAUGGCCAAAAAUAUGUGGACACCAGACCACGACACCUAUAUGAACUUGCUGGACAUUCCAUUUUGAAACCAUGGACAUUAAUAUGGAGUUGCCAUCCCCCCCACAGUGGCAUGCUUUACGGCACUUCAGCUGAUGAUUGGCAUUGCGCCUAGUAAUCUUGGGUUUGUGUGCAGCUGCUCGGCCAUGGAAGCCCAUUUCAUGAAGCUUCCAACACCGUUCUUGCUGAUGUUGCUUCCAGAGGCAGUUUGGAACUCUGUAGUGAGUGAUGCACUAGAGGACAGGCGAUUUUAGGUGCUACAUGCUUAAGCACUCUGUGGCCCUGCUCUGUUGAGUUUGUGUGGUUUACUGCUUUGUGGCUGAACUGUUGUUGCUGUUAGACACUUUCAUUUCACAAUAGUAACACUUACGGUUAACUGGGGCAGAUCGAGUAGUGUAGAAAUUUCACAAACUGGCUUGUGGCAAUGGUGGUACCCUAUGGCAGUGCUAUGUUCAAUGUCACUGAGCUUUUCAGUACAACCCAUUCUACCGCCUAUGUUUAUCUAUGGAGAGUGCGUGGCUAUGCUUUAUGCACCUUUAUGUUUUAUGCACCUGUUAGCAACGGGGGUGGCUGAAACUCCUGACCUCGGUAAUUAGGAGGGGCAUCCACAUGCUUUUGGCCAUAUAGUGUACAUUGUAGGAUAUGUUAAGGAUUCUUAUGACGGUACGAUGUCAUAAGAAGUUGCCAUUCGACUUAGUCAGCGAUGCAGUGCAUAAAUGUAUAUGCCAGAGAAGUCGAAUACUUCCAAAACCAUACUGCCAUUGUACUCAUGUUUAAGUAGUCAGAGUUAUUCUACUGUUUUGACACAGUAUUUAGUAUAGUGGUAUAUCGAUACAGCAAUAUGCUUUGCCUUCCUCAAUCUUUAGCCGUUUGAAAUGAGUUAAGGCAUGUUGUACGAGCACGACCGCUUGAGGUCUCUCUCAGUGAAGGGCGGGAAAAGCACGACUCGAGUGCUGAGAGAAAGUCACCAGAGACAGACAGCUGAAUUCAUUCGCACGACAGCUUCUGUCACCAUUGCAAAGGUUUUGGGGUAAUAUUUUCCUAUUAACUUAACAUCCGUAUAGUACCGUUACCUCCAUCUAGGCUCCUAAAAUGUGCUGUUAAUCGGGAUUUGCCUGACGCGCGAUAUUUCGAGCGAGACCGCUGGCGCUACGCGUGACAUCACAGAGCCGAAUCCCACCGGAAAAUAGCGCAGCUUUCGGUGUUCAUCAGUCUGAAAGAUCCGAAUGUUCAGCAUGGCUUCGGAAGAAGAGGCGAACAGACGCCGGCUUCGGGAGCUUCUGGACAGACCGGGGAAUGGGUGCUGCGCUGACUGCAGUGCUCCAGGUCCAGAGUGGGCAUCCUUCACCCUAGGUGUCUUCAUGUGUCAGAGCUGCUCAGGCAUCCACCGCAGCAUUCCUCAGAUCAGCAGAGUCAAAUCUGUCUUCCUUGACCCCUGGGAGAAAUCAGAGUUGGAGUUGAUGGCCUCCAUCGGCAACAGUUCUGCAAAAGCCAAAUAUGAACAGAUGGUGCCAGCGUUCUAUUACUCCCCAACACACACAGACUGCCAGCUGCUGCGGGAACAGUGGAUCCGAGCCAAAUAUGAGAGGAACGAGUUUAUUUAUGUGGAGAGACAAGAGCCAUACUCAGCAGGUUACCGGGAGGGGUCUCUAUGGAAACGGGGACGAGACAACGGCCAGUUCCUGAGUCGAAAAUUUAUUCUCUCAGAGCGAGAGGGAGCAAUGAAGUAUUUCAACAAGCACGAUGCUAGGGAGCCCAAGGCCUUGAUGAAGAUCCAAACCAUUAAUGCCACCUUUCAGCCAACCAAGAUUGGCCACCCUCACGGGCUCCAGAUCACCUACCUAAAGGACAACAGCACCAGGAACAUUUUUGUGUACCAUGAGGAUGGAAAGGAAAUAGUCGACUGGUUCAACGCUAUACGAGCUGCUAGGUUCCAUUACUUACAAGUUGCUUUUCCUGGAGCCCCUGAUACUGAACUGGUGUCCAAACUGACAAGGACCUACAUUAAGGAGGGUUACAUGGAGAAGACAGGUCCAAAGCAAACAGAGGGUUUUAAAAAACGUUGGUUCACCUUCGAUGACAGGAGACUCAUGUACUUUAAAGACCCUUUGGAUGCCUAUGCACGAGGGGAAGUGUUUAUUGGCAGUAAGGAAAGUGGCUACACGGUAGUACCAGGCCUGCCCCCCUCCACGCAGGGGUACCACUGGCAGUUUGGCGUCACCAUUGUGACACCAGACAGAAAAUUCCUCUUUGCCUGUGAGACAGAGGAGGAGCAGAAAGAGUGGAUAGCUGUAUUUCAGAGCGUCAUCAACAGACCCAUGCUACCACAGGAGUAUGCAGUGGAGGCGCACUUCAAGCAUAAGCCCUGACCGUUUCUGGGAAUCAAGAGCUCAGAGAUGCUAUGAAAGCCUGUAGCAACGCACAGCACCAAUGCCUAUCAUCACGGGGCGCAGAGAGAGACAGCGACGAGACUGCAGCUCCAGAACACUCAGACUGGGCUGACACAAUGACUGUGCAAACUCUGCUUUAAAAUACUGCACACUAGCACAUCCAUGUUUCAUCCCAGCUGCUUCAAGUAAAUCAUAAUUCAUAAUCCUUCCUGGCAAAGAUGUCAUUUGAUGGUGACAUUAAGUAAAAGUGACACAGAAAUGAGCAGGGGCCUCAUUUAGAAGAUUUUGCAUGAACUCCAGAGUGAAGGUGUGCAUACGCACAAAAACCAGGAAAUUGCGUGCGCAAAAAUAAUUAUCUGAAUGUUGAAAAAGAUUUAUAAAACCUUGCAUAUGCACACCUGCACACAGUUUACUUUAUAAAUCACAGUCUUCUUGAAAAUAUGCACAGGUGAAAAAGCCUCCUCUCCCGCCUGGUUCCUGCCUACAAAUAUCCAUAAAUAGUCAAUGCAAAUGACCUCAUACAUAUUUAAAUGUCAGGUGUCCCAUUAGUUUUUGUGUGAGGUAGUGCUGACAGUGGCAGAGAGAAAAGCAAAAAAGAGGAAUAUUGAAGAAUGCGAAUAGGAAAGGACACAAUAACCUCCGUUUAAAACUUGAUAAAUAAAAUUGAAAAUUUUUUUUAAAGGGAUUAUGUCCAAAAUACCAAUGAAAUUAAAAAUCUAGAGAUGUGAAUCGAUUAAUCGAGUUGCUGGUUAGGGGUGAUGAGGACCAGGAGCCCAUUCUGCUGUGCCAUUUUGUAGAGCACAGAAUACGCCCUCCAGCAGACCUUUUCUGGUUGGUGUAGCAGUCUCCCACCUGAAGCAGUACUCCUCGUGAGAAUACAUAUAUUCAUUUAUAGAAUUAAAUUGCAACAUGAGCGCAGACAUUUACUCUGAUUACAUUAGGAAACUUGGACAUUGCUGCGAUUUGCAUUUUUAUGUUGGCCUCUUCACUCACCGUGUAAAGAACUCUGAUGUACUGAAUUGUCAACCAAUACAGCUGACAUGAUAGAGCUUAAGGAUGGCUGGGGUUGUUAAGAUCAGUAAGUGGACAGGAGCAUGUUGGUCUCUCAGCACAUAGUUCCAAGAGAAUGGCUCUUGGAAAUUUAAAUCUGCUCAUUAGCCAGUCAUCCUGGCAAGGAAAAUCUUUGUGGUAUCUAAAAUUUGUGCUUUGUUGUUCUAAUCUUAUUGUUCAGUUUACAUGGUCUUCUAACAAUACCAAAAAACACCAUUGUACCAUAGACAAUGCAUCAUUAUCUAGCCUAUUUAUAUCAUUAUGUAGUUUAUUAAUAGAUCUAUAAAUGUGUGAAAUUACUUCACACAUUUACAGAUUAAACUGUAGACUGCAAAUUGUUAAUUAAGGAAUAAAUAUCAAUACCUAUAAACAAACUAAUUAACCAGUCUACACAAAUAAAUAAACAAACUCAUAAAAAUAAUGUUAUGCUUUAAUGCUUCUUAUGACCAAGUAGCCUGUAUGCCGUUAUUAUGGAGCUGCAUAAUUUGAUAUGAAGUGUAAUAAGUGAAAGCUGUGAAUUGCACAUUGAGCUGUAAUUCUCUACAUAUCCUGAGGGUGUCUCUAAUGCCCACUGUUUCUAAAAUGUUGUGGCUGGCUCUACGCGUGUGUCAAAGCUUCCGUAAAUAUACGCCCAAUUUCCUGACAAGUAUUUCUUUAUAAAUCUCGGUUUGUGUGUAGGAAGUAGCGUAUGCACAUUCCAUAUCCAUUUUUGUGCAUACACAGUCUUUAUAAAUGAGGCCCCAGGUCAGAGCAGAUCAGUAGAAUGGAUUACAUUUUGACUGGAUUACAUUUCAAACUACCGUAGCCUCUAUUGCCUGAGACAGACAUGCAAACAUUCCAGGUCAAAGUGUCCAGUGAAACUCCUCAUAUUUAUUUAUUUAUUUGUAUGUCUACUGUGUUGAGAUGAGAGUCUGGUAUACUUGUGUGAGCACUGAAGAAAUGCAUUAAAAGAAAAAUAACAAUUGGACUAUGUAAUCAAUGUAAUACACUUUAGAAAAUUGCUGAGCUUUGUGUAUAAUCUGUGCAUAAAAUUAUUUUAAUGAAAAAUGUAUGCCCGUGUGUAUGUGUUAUCUGCAAAUUACACAGUCUUCAUGAGAUAGCACUACUGUUACAGGUCUGAAUGGCACUUCAUUCAUUAACAUUCAUUAUAAGUUGAAGUUCACCAUUUUUAGGAAAUCUAAGAAUCUUGAGAUUGCAAUUUACACUUUUAUUAAACAUAAAUUAUUGCACAACAAGAAGAUUCAUGUCUCAAAAAGAUCACAAUGCGUUACUAGUAUGCAGUUUAUAGUUACA